UUCUCGAUCUCUCUCUCUGUGUGCGAAUUUUUUUUAAGAAAAGAGGUACACAUUGGUAAUCGUAAGAGAUGGAUAAUAAACCGGGCCGUGGAUACCGGUCCAAAAACGGCGGGAACGGAAUGAACGAGACGAACCGGGUCGGGUUCGGGUUGAAUUCCCGGACCCUUUUGGUGAUCAGGCUACCCGAUUCGCGGGCUUUGCGGAUCGUGUCGAGAUCUCUGUUCUUGGCGAUGCUUCUUCUCGCAUUGCCUUCGCUGGGCUCUAUUAUCGGUGCCGCCUCCAAUGCACCUCCGUACGAGCCCGAGCCCGAACCCGUUUCCAGUUCGGGCCUCAAGAUCCUACCCAUUCUCCUCCGUGAUUUGGUGGACGAAGGCCUUAUCAAGAAAGGCCACAAGGGUUUCAUCCUAGGUGCUGGCGUCCCUGACAUUGAAGACGAUUUCGAAUUCUUGAAAGACGCCGGAGUUGAUUUGCUCGCCGGAGCUGAUCUAAUGCCGAAAAAGAAAAACGGCGACGGGCAAAAACGGGUUUUCGAUUUCGUCUUCGCCCCGAGUUUUCGCAGCGUACAACUGACAAACGGCGUUCUAAAAAAUGGGGGCUUGGUAAUUUCCCUGUUGGGAUUCGAACCCUCCAACGAACUAAGAUUGCUGAGGGAUUUCAAGAUUGUGUACCUCAGAAGAUUCGAGAGCACCGUGGUCGCAAUGAGGAAAGCCAUGACAUCACCGAUGACAUCAUCAACGAACUCCGUUUCGUGCGGGGUCACACCGGAGAAGAAGAGGGCGGCAUUGAAGGGAUUGGAGGACGUGUACCUUGAGCCGCCUAGGCGGGCCCCACUAGCAAAAAAAUCGAGCUUUACUUCGAGGAAGAUCAAGUUCCUACCCGAUUUGCUCAAGGACCCGUUGAACGAGUACCCUAGGAGAGUUUUCAUAUCGGAUGAUUCGAACGCGCUUGAUUGGUUCUACAAGAACUAUCCGAUGAGGAAUCAAGAAUUUGAGGUUUACGAUUUGGACGUGGAUUGGUUGAUGGGAGAUUUAAGACCGGAGGACUAUGUUGUAAUGAAGGCGGAGGCGCAAGUGGUGGAGCAAAUGCUAGAGGACAAGACGUUGUGCCUUGUCGACGAGUUAUUCUUGGAGUGCAAGAAUCAAUGGCAGGAUGGGGAAGAAGAGAAUGGGAGUAAGAGAGCUUAUUGGCAGUGUUUGGCAUUGUAUGGUAAAGUUAGGGAUCAAGGGAUUGCUGUGCACCAAUGGUGGUAUUAGUGAUUAAUGAUUAAUGAUUAAUGAUUCAUUAUGGAGUGAGAUUUUUUAAGGUUUCUUGAAAAGUCUCUAUUUUUUUUCUUAGUUAUUUGGGUUCUUUGGCAUGCAAUGUGAAGAAGAAUAUUUUUUUGUUACUUGGUUUUGUAAAUGCAUGUAAUGAAGAGGGGUUGAGUUGUAUUUUCUUUGAUGUUUAGGGUUUUUUGUGUAAUUUUGGAAAGAAAGGAGUGACAAGGCAUUGAUGAAUGUGGUGGUUAGUGUUUCUAUUGGUGUUGGGGUUUUACUUGUAAAGGGUUUCACUGCAAAACUAUUAAUGUUGUUUAGCUUCUU